AUGGCUAGGAAUGACGAGAGGACGCCGAGACGAGCAGUUAGUAUGGCGCAUAUUCCAAGAAGAGACAGAAGUGAGCCGCCGCCGGCGAGCACUGAUCAGGAGCCAACGGACACUGAUGAGCCGCCGAUCACCAUUGCCACGUCUGCCUCACAAGUGAACUCUGAACAAGCGUCGCCAACAAAAAAGAAAGCGCCGGCGCCUGUGACGGCUCCAGUAGACAUGAAACAUGAGAUUUACAAAUACUAA